CCGCGUGUAGAAGUUUCUGGCCUGGGUUGUUUUGGUGCGUAGGGAAGGUGCAGAAAAUGGGUCGCAGCCGAAGUAGGUCCCCUGAAAGGCGGAGAGAGCGCAGACGUUCCCGAUCCGCUUCAAGAGAGCGAGAAAGGAGGAGGCGGGAACGAUCUCGAUCCAGAGAGAGACGUCGGAGUCGUUCACGAUCCCCACACAGACGCCGUUCUAGGUCUCCCCGACGACACAGGUCUUCCUCCAUUUCUCCUUCUAGACUGAAGGACAGACGAGAUGAUGAUAAGAAAGAACCCAAGGAAUCUAAAGGUGGAGGUUCUAAGGAACGACAGCUAGCAGCUGAAGAUCUUGAAGGGAAAACCGAAGAGGAAAUUGAAAUGAUGAAGUUAAUGGGCUUUGCUUCAUUUGAUUCCUCCAAGGGGAAAAAAACAGAUGGAUCUGUUAAUGCAUAUGCCAUAAAUGUUUCUCAAAAGCGAAAAUACAGGCAGUACAUGAACAGAAAAGGAGGAUUUAACAGACCCCUGGACUUCGUUGCUUAAGGUGUAUGACGGUCAUGAUUCUGAUUUAUACAAGAUGUAAACUAAGAGCUUAAUGGUAACUUCAGUAAAGCGGAGAUAGAAAGGAAUCGUGAGCUGCAGUUGACAGGCAGCAAAGCAUUCCGAUUGGAAGCUUCCGAGCAUGUACUUGUGUGUGUGGCCCAGAAAGCAUCCCAUCUUAUAAAGUAACACAACUUGGAAAAUAGGGCCAUAUGUGUGUGUGUUUUUAAUCCCCCAUACACAGUUAGGUGUGACUUGUCAAUCAAUGUUGUGAUAUGAGACCAGUUGCAAUGCCCCCACCCUAAUCAUUCAUGUUUUAUUUCUCGGUCAUAUAUAUAUUGUGAUGUGAAUAAACUGUUACUGAUAUACUGA